AAUCUCUGCUUAAAGUCAUCAUCUUUCUUCCCGAAACAACUUCGUUAACUACGUCUAGAGAAGAAAGAUGAGUUCUUUAGCUAAGCUACUGGUGUUUACUCUGCUAUCUGCAGCUGUGGCAUCUUCUAAGGAUGCUGCAUAUCCAUCCGGGUACGGGGAUGACCCGGGUAUUUGUCUCGGGUCAAGCGGUGAACCCAAGCCGUCGAGGAGAGAAAUCUAUGAAGGCGGAGAGAUAUUCGAUAUUACUCAUCAGUUCACUCCAAACACGCCUUCUGGGGUCUCCGACGAGGGCGCCGGCGAGAUUCUCAGACUGCUGAUGAGCAUGAAGAAUGGGUCCGAUUACAACCUGUCGGAGAUGAGGCUGUGCGUCCACGCCGGCACUCACGUCGACGCGCCGGGGCAUAUGUACCAGAAUUACUUCGACCAGGGAUUUGAUGUCGACACCCUUGACCUUAGAGUUCUCAAUGGCCCAGCAUUGGUAGUGGAUGUUCCCAGAGACAAGAACCUAACUGCUGAAGUGAUGAAGUCGUUGAAUAUACCCAGGGGAGUGAAGAGAGUACUCUUUAGAACACUGAAUACAGACAGGCGUCUAAUGUGGAAGAAGGGAUUCGACACAAGCUAUGUAGGAUUCAUGGAGGAUGGAGCCCAGUGGCUUGUGGACAACACUGAUAUUAAGCUUGUUGGAAUUGAUUACUUAUCUGUUGCAGCAUAUGAUGACUUGAUUACUGCCCAUCUAGUUUUCCAUAAAAGCAGGGAAAUCAUUCUUGUGGAAGGCCUGAAACUUGAAGGUAUUGAGCUUGGGAUUUAUGAUGUUCAUUGCUUACCCUUGAGGUUGGUGGGGGCAGAGGGAUCACCCAUUAGAUGCAUCCUGAUCAAGUGAACCAAGGCUGAAUUUUCUGCCCUAUGCAGUUGUGGCUAAAGCCUUGUUUAUGGUCCUAUUGGCACAUUUGGUUCAAGACUAUACACCAUGAAUAAGUUUAACCUUAAUUAGUUAUAAAUCUAACCACUCAUUACACCUUUUA